UUCACAUUUAAACAGCUGAAGUUUUAAAUGUUAUAUUGGCAAUGGUUUAAAAGCAUUUAUUCGAUAUGAUUAAUAGUAUACAAUUUCUGUGCAAGCUGCUAUGGAUAUACUCGUUCGCAAUUGUUAAAGGAAUACCACCCACUCCUACGUGGCCUGAUGUCUACAAGUCAUGCGUGAACGUGGAUACACCUCGUGAGUUUAUCAAGGCGGGUUGGUACGUGGAUACAGAAAACAGACGCAUGCGCCUUGACAGCUAUGGGGUCCCAAAAGGUCUAAACAUGUCAACGGCACAGGUAUUACAGUACUACAUCAGCGAAUAUGAGAGUUUUGAAUAUGCGUGCGAGGAUUAUGGACCUCCCUUGUACAUCUUCAUAUAUCUGUAUGACCAAGGCCGUAUGUUGACCCUCUUUCCAUCGCCCAAUCCUCCGUACCGGCAAUGCACUAUAAGCACCAUAUUCAACAAAUUUCCCAGCAGCCCCUUAUCAACGGAAGUGGAGUUUGUUGAGGAGUCACAUGACAAUAUCACCACGUUUAACCAUUGGCGCUCCGAGUUCUUUCUCUACACGCUUGAUUACUACUUCCAUGCGGCUAAUGGGCUGCCUUACAAAUUGAUUGUCAAUGAAGAGGAAAAUUUGUUUAUAUCUUUUAUUGAGGAAGCCCUUUCACCUUCAACUUUCGCUCCACCCCAGCACGUAGUUUGCAAAUAAAAUAAAUAUUUUUAUUGCUUUAUAUAAUUGUAUGUGGAUCAUAAUUAUGAUGGCUGAUUAUUGACAUUUCGUUUUUUAGCAUUUUCAAGGAAUUAAACUAUACUAGGCCCGCCA